CAUGUCGAGCAAGAAAAAUAAAAAACUGACUGAUGCUGAGCUUCAAUACUUCACUGAGAACUUAGACGAAAUAUCUUCACCAGAUGAAUUGAGUACUGCCUCUGGGGAGUCAUCUUCAGAAGAAGAUCCAUUUCAUAACAGUGGAGAGUCAGACGAAUCGUACAAGCCGUCCUCUAGUUCUGAUGAAGAUAUUCAAAAUGACAAUAGCGAUACUGAAGAAGAAGAAGGAAAUAUUACUGCGGAAAACUCAGGCGAACAAUUUGAAAUUCCUGCUAUGAAUGGCAAUGUAAUAUGGUCGUUACCGACAAGAGAUGCUCACAUACCACGGUUCAGUAUUCCGGAUGAAAUUCAUACAUUUGAUGGACUACCUUCAGUACCCAGCAGUGGGAACUGCCAUACUUACGAGAAAAGAUAUGCCAAAAAAUUUAAAGAAAAAAGAAAAAUGAACAGAGGCGAAUGUGAGUUUUUGACGAAUCAAUCAAGCUCUCUCGCAACCAGAUGGCAAGAUACGAAAGAAGUCAUUGUGCUGAGUAAUUGCCAAAGUACAGUCAUGACAAGUGUAAAGAGAAAAGACAAAAGUGGCAAAAAAGUUGAUGUGCCAUGCCCUACCGCCAUUGCAUUUUAUAACGAAAUAAUGGGUGGAGUUGAUCUUGCAGAUCAAAUGAGCGGCGUUUACAAUUUGGAUCGAAAAUCAUGUAAAUGGUGGAAAAAGGUAUCAAUAGAAAACGUGCUAAAUGCUCUAAGAGGAAAAGGUAAAGAUGAUGUUAGUGUUGCAAAUACAGUAGACUCUCAACUAUCCGGCCUAAGGUGGCGGGCAGCUGGUCCGGAUAACGAAAAAGAUACUCAUCCUCCUGUGCUGGUAGUUGUUUUGAUUUUGCUGAUGAUUGUAACUGUGUCUGGGAUCCAGCUGUGUAAAUUCCAUCUAUAUGAGGCGGCUGAGUGGUAA